UACCAAGAUAUUGCGAAAUGCGAGUGAUACAAGUGUUAUAGAUAAUUAAUUGAAUAUUCAAUAUGCACUCGGUUGCACGCGAUAGAAUUCUAAUGGAGUGUCUACAUCUUGAUUUCUACUUGUCGAGAGGAUAUCAUUCACACAAUCGAGGAUCACAAGGUCUUUGGAAGACGAACAGAGUGGUGGGAGAGGAAGAGCGCGGUGUUCACCCCUCUUCUUGCGCCCUAUUCGUGAACCUAGGUGAGUCCAUCGUUUCACGAUCACUCAUAAAGCUCGCCUUCGAACGAUCAAGAAUACAGAGUCUGUGAAACAUUCGGUAAAAUAAUUUUUUGGCAAAAACACAUGCCACCUGUGGAGUUCGUUCGUGAACAGAAUUUUUGAACGCCUUCCAAAAUCGUAUGUUCGACGAAUCGCGUGGGAUCGUCGCGGCUGUUGCUCGUGGACAAAAUCGAACAACUUGACGCUCGUGAUUUGGAGGCAAUUAGUAGAUUUCCGUGUUCGUUCAUCGCGUACCGCAACCAUGGGAGGGUUCAUCAGAGCAUGGACGAUUUUUUUACUGAUAAAACUUUCGUACAGUGGAAAAUCGGUGGAUAUACUGACGUCCAGCACUCUGAACACCCUGGAGGAAGAGGAGAUCCUGAGAGUUCUGUCACGAAACACGACUACGUCCUCAAAUAAUUUCACGCUGACCGAUCUGAUCGAGCAUUUAAAAAAUGAAACAUUCGAAGCGAGCAACAAUAGUGCAAAGAAACUGGAGAUCAAUCCGUUCUACGAUGAGUUUUCAGAAGAAAUUGAUCGGGAGGCAAGAACGUUGUUACAAAUUCUUCCAGCUUACGAUCCUGGCGUCGGACGCGUGAGUCCGGAGUGCAAGAGGCAUUCGGACAUUUUCCAUCAGGAACUGGCCAAGUUUACUUUAUGGGCACUCAAAAUGUACGACGCGACGGCGAAGAUACCGUCUGGCCUUCUGAACGGAAAUGUAAAUCAGUUUGGUGAUUUCGACGAAUGCAUCGGUGUCCAAGGUAGCGAGGGUAUUCAAGGACAGUACUGCUUAGCGUACCUCGAAUUGAGCGUCGACGAGUCCCGGCCGGAUCUGAAGCAUCUUCAUCGAUUGCUCCAUUCCCAUUACGCGUUCAGAAGCAACAUUACCGAUCCUGGACAUCGAGUACCCAGGUACACUAUAAUAAAUUGGGCGGUAUGCACCCCGGCUUCGUGCAGUUUCAAAGACGUUGAAACAUCUAUUCGCGACACUGUUACGAAAUACACUUUGCAAACUGGUCUCAAAGUUAAAGUAACGGUGAACAAAGAAAUGUGUCAGGUAAAGGGAAAAGACCCUCUGCCAAGGGAAACUGUGAUCGUUAGUUUAUUCUUUUUAGUUAUAUUUGCAUUAGCAAUUAUAGCAGCGUAUUACGAUCACUACGAAAUACCUGCUAGCGAACUACUGUUAUCGUUUUCUUUAAAACGCAAUUUCAAGAGUCUCGUGUCGGUAGAACGGAAACAGAACGACAUAGCCACGCUCCACGGUGUGCGAGCUAUAAACGCUUUAAUGCUGCUUCUAGCUCAUAAAAGCAUGGCACUGUUUUUUAAUCCGUACAUGAAUAGAACUGAAAUGAGCGAGUAUCUUGGUAAACCGUGGACGGUCAUAGGAAGAGCUGCUAGUCUUUAUACCGACCCUUUCAUAAUGCUUUCUGGUCUUUUAACUUCGUAUUCGUUUAUUGGAAAGCUACGAAGGACUGGGAAUUUGAAUAUCAUCAAUGAAUACUUUUCCCGAUGGAUUAGGGUGGUACCGUCUUUAGCUGCGUUGAUGUUGUUUUGUACUUACAUAAUACCUUAUAUUGGCUCUGGGCCACAAUGGAACUUGGUAGUAACUGAACAUGCAAAUAUUUGCAAACGGACGUGGUGGAGAAAUUUUCUAUUCAUUCAUAACUACUUCGGAUUUGAAUCCAUGUGUCUCACGCAUACUCAUCAUUUAGGGAUAGAUACUCAAUUAUUCAUUCUCUCGCCUUUAAUGGUGAUUCUUCUGUAUAAAAAACCAAAGACUGGAAGUAUCGUUCUUACUAUGUGCGCUUUGAUAUCAACGGCGCUUCGAUAUUUCGUAACAUAUUACAGGCAAUUGAAUAAUUACGUUUUCUUCGGUACAUCAAUAAAACAAUUAUUCGACACUGCGAAUUAUUCGUACACUCUACCAGCGCACAGACUAACGAUUUAUAUAGUAGGAAUUUUUCUCGGAUAUUUGUUGAGGUAUUUGCCAAGGGAUUAUAAAAUAAAUAAGAUUGCUCUACGCACGGGUUGGAUUCUCUGCACGAUAAUGUUUUGUUGCGCAUUCUUUGGACCCGCUGGGAUGGGGUCUAUAGAUUACGUGUAUAAUCCAAUCGAUGCGGCAAUGUAUAACGCGUUUGCUCCCAUAGGGUGGUGCGCCCUUUUCGCUUGGGCCACCGUGAUGUACCAUACGAAAAAUACAAAUGGCUGGUUCAGCAGAUUUUUAGCAUGGAAAGGAUUUUUGAUUACCACGCGUUUGAGUUACGCAAUAUAUUUAACGCAGUUCCCAAUAUAUUUUUAUAACGUUGGGAGAACUCGAAGUGCUGAAUAUUUCGAUUUCUUCAAAAUGCAAUUCAAUCUAGCUGAGUUCUUGUGGAUUGUUACUUUGUCCAUAACUCUCACGUUACUUUUCGACACGCCGUUCCAAAAUAUUAAAGAUUACCUAAUGAGGAAAUCUCCGAUGCCGGAGGCAGCGGUAAAACCGUUGAAACGAGAGUAA